CCGUUUCCGGGCCUCCGGGGCGGGGAAGGGUUCCACCAAAGGACCAAGAUGGCGGCACCCAGCCCGGCGGCGGUUGCUGCGCCGGAGAGCGAGGGCGGCGCUCUGGGGGCCAAACCCAGGUCCCCGGCUAUCACUCCGCAGAAGGUCCGGGAGCUGAUCGAUGAGGGGAUCGCCCCGGAGGAGAGCGGCCUGGACAGAAAGGAUUCAUCUGCCUUAUAUGAAGUAGCCAAUGGCUCCCCCCAGACCAAUGAGCUGCAUUUUGAAGCCACCAGCAAAGAAGCUUUCUUCAGUAGAGUGGAAACAUUCACCUCUCUCAAAUGGGCAGGCAAACCCCAUGAAUUGUCUCCCUUGAUCUGUGCCAAGUACGGAUGGACCAACGUUGAAUGUGAUAUGUUGAAAUGCGCCAGCUGCCAGGCCUACCUCUGUGCCAGUCUGCAGUUGGCUUUUGACUUUAGCAAAUACAAGGAGAGGUGCCAGGAGCUGCAGAAGGCUUUGCUGGCAGCUCAUGAAAAGUUCUGCUUCUGGCCAGACAGUCCUUGCCCAGAUCGCUUUUCAGUCCUGCUGGUGGCAGAACCUCAUGCUCUUUUCAAUGACUUCCUUGAGCGCUUUCAGAACCUGUGUCAGCUGCAGCUUCAGCUGCCCUCACUGAAACCGGAUGAUCUCAAAAACAUGUCCUUGACAGAAGAGAAAGUCAGCUUUCUCUUGCAAUUGAUAGAGGAGGAGGAAGAGGAGGAGGAGAACUGCAAAACAGAAGGCGAGAAGACAUCGGCCAAGCGGCCUUCAGACGUCCUUCAAGUCCAAGGCCUCCUUCAAGUCCACAUCACAGCUUGCAUCUUGGCCCUUUGUGGUUGGACCAGCAGUCCUCCUUCUGGAUCUGUCCACCUCCCCUUGAUGAGCUGUUGCCGCUGCAUAAGGAAAGUGGGGCUGUGGGGCUUCCACCAGAUGGACUCUACCGAGCCAGAGAUCGAGACUGCCUCUGCUGCCGCCCCUGUUGCCGACAAAGUCCCCCUGGGGCCCACCUCUCCCCGACGGAUGAUCACCCGGAGUCAGGACACCAGUUUCCCUCUGGGCUCUGAGCAGGUGCGUUUGGAAGAUGAAGGCCCGGCUUCGGAGGCUGGGUCCUGCGAGCAGGCUCUGUGCCAGCAGCCUUGACCGCCAGGCUUGAAUGGGCUGCUGCGGGCCGAACGCACACCAAGGAAGGUUUCUCUAAACGUCUCUGUGUUGUCAGGGCUUGCUCUUCUGUCCCCGUCGGCCUUUGGAAUCUGAAUCUUCUGGGUUUGCCCAACACACUGAACCGGCUCAUGGAAGGGCCUCUUGGCUGCAUUGUGCAGUCCUCAAAGUUUCUGCGAGAGAAUGAGCAGAGGCUGAGAAAGGCAUCAAAGGGAGAUGAAUCCAGUGUUUCUCAAC